GGUUAUCUAAUCUAAUCUAUUGUUAUAAUAGAACAAAACAAUAUCUAACACCAAUUAGGCGUUUCUCUCUUCUCUUGAAGCACAAAAAAGGGGUUACAAGUAAUUAAUAUUCUACUAAACCAUGGAAGCUCUUCUUACCUUAAUCCUCACAUUCUCCAUCAUUGUUGUCUUCUCAUCACAUGCAACACCAACAUUGGUUGCUAGCCCUCAACCUCAAAUGAAUCUAUCUUCCAUGCUUAACCAUACCCAACAACAUAUUAAUGAGACUAGAUUGAUCAGUAGUAGCUGCACUUACGAGAUCAGCGUAAAAACAAGUUGCAAUUCUCUAACAUAUACAACGGAUGUAAUCAGUAUUUUGAUUGGAGAUGCUAAUGGCAAUGAGAUUGUUACACAAUUGGAAGGUUUUGGGCUGUUGGACUCGUGCAUGGAAAUUACAAAUAAUGUAUUGGGACAUUGUAUAGGCAAAAUCUGCAAAAUAUACUUAACUAGGGUUGGAUCAGAUGGUUGGAUGCCAGAGACUAUCAUUGCAUCGCAUAGUGACUAUCCACCAAUCACAUUCAACUUCAACUAUUUCAUUCCUAAUGAUCAUCGCUCUGGCGUCGACUAUUGCCAUAAUAAUGCUUAGUGUUAUGUUCCUUAAAUUAAUACUAUUAUUAUUUAGUAAAAAAAAUAUUAUUAUUAUUAUUAGGUGUUUUUCUUUUCUUGAAUAACAAUAUGCUUAUUGCAUUUUCUCAAAGACCAAAUCGUCAAUAAAGCAUAUAGAAGCAGCUAGCGUAGUACGUAUAUGUGCUAAGUAGGCUCAAUUGAUUGCUACUAAUAAGUAUUUUUCUUUACUAGCUAAUAACUCUUUUGAUAUGUAAUUAAGUAAUAAAUAUAUGUCUUUAUACAAAGAUGAAUUAUCAAGUUAUAAUUUUAGUGUAUUA